CCCCAAUGGGAAGCAGUUUUGCUUUCCCUCUGUCUCUCAGGGCACUUGGCCAAGUGGACAUUGGAAAACAAGUUUUGGUGCCAGAGCUUUCGGCGUGAUCUGAGGCUGCUUUUCCAGACACAGGCCCAUGGACACGGUGCGGAUCGCUGUCAUUGGAGCAGGUGUGAUAGGGCUCUCCACUGCUGUGUGCAUUUCCCAGCUGGUGCCCCAGUGCUCCAUCACGGUCAUCACACACAAGUUUACUCCGAAUACCACCAGUGAUGUGGCCGCUGGGAUCCUUAUUCCUCAUGCGUAUGAAGGUACACCCAUUUGUACACAGAAGCGCUGGUUUAGAGAGACCUUCAAUCACCUGUCUUCAGUUGCCAACUCCACUGAAGCUGUAGCUGCUGGGGUCCACCUGGUGUCUGGUUGGCAGAUAUUUCGAAGCAUUCCUACAGAACAAGUGCCAUUCUGGGCUGACGUGGUUCUGGGAUUUCGAAAGAUGACCGAGGCAGAGCUGAAGAAAUUCCCCCAGUAUGUGUUUGGUCAUGCCUUUACCACCCUGAAGUGCGAAACCUCCAUCUACCUGCCAUGGUUGGAGAAAAGGCUGAAGGACCGUGGAGUCCUGUUCCUCCGCAGGCGAGUAGAAGACCUCUGGGAGCUCCAGCCGUCCUUCGACAUCGUGGUCAAUUGUUCAGGCCUGGGAAGCCGAGAGCUUGUGGGAGACUCAACAGUUUUCCCCCUGAGGGGCCAAGUUCUCCAAGUGCAGGCCCCCUGGCUGAAGCAUUUUAUCCGGGAUGGGAGUGGGCUGACGUAUGUUUACCCUGGUGUGUCCCAUGUCACCUUGGGUGGAACCAGGCAAAAAGGAGACUGGAACCUGUCCCCAGAUGCAGAAGUUAGCCGGGAUAUUUUUUCCAGAUGUUGCACUCUGGAGCCCUCCCUGCACAGGGCCUGCAGCAUAAAGGAGAGGGUAGGCUUGAGGCCGGACAGACCAAGCAUGCUGCUGCAGAAAGAGGUCCUGGUCAGAGAUGGACAGAGACUGUGUGUGGUCCACCACUAUGGCCAUGGGAGUGGGGGGGUCUCAGUGCACUGGGGCUGUGCUCUGGAGGCUGCCAAGCUGGUGAGCGAGUUCACCCAAGCCCUCAGGACCCCAGCUCUAACGUCAAAGCUAUAAAUGACAUGAAAGAACCACUAACAGCCCCAGACACGAUUGAUCAAAGCACAAUUUAAACUGCAGAACGGGUUCAAAUAAUUUCUCUAUUGCAUGCAAAUUUAAUUAGGUAUUCUUUAUUUUUGAAAUGAGAAAUGAUACAUGCAUGUAUCAGCAGGUUUAGGAAGUCUAGUAUUAACCGCAUAGGGCACGAAGCUGUGUUGCUGUUAAAAAUGCUGGUGAUCUAGAAUAAGAUUUGUUUUAAAUCUUGUGUCUGAGGGCCUAUGCUGAUUUACAUGAAUACUGAAAGCUAUAAGCCUUUGAUACUUUUUGGCUUAUAAAUUCAUGAAAGGAGAUAACGUGUGGCAAGCACUUAAUCACUGUCAGUUGCAGAGUUUCGAAUGAUCCUCUUAGGUUAUAGCCAGAUGAGCAUCUUAAUCCUAAAAAAAGUCAGUGAUGCUCAUGCAGUGCAAACCUAGCACACUUAAUUGAAGACAAAGCAAGAUUACUGCUAUUAUUAGUGGAAUGGUUUUCUUCCCACAGCCAGUAAUGAUGGUUGAAGACAGAAACGAAGUUGUCCAUGCACGUGGCACCAAUUCAGUGCCUGCUUGGGGGCCAUCCACACAGGGUUUUAUAUUUCACUACAAGUGAUUGACAGCUAACUCGCUAUGGCUGACUUUGUCUAAGCACUUUUGAAGAUUGAAUAGUACGAGAGGAGCCAAAAAGCUAAUUUUCUGAUUGGAAUAGAACAAUCCUUCUGAAUGAUAUAUAACAAAAAGUACUCUGCAGGUUGUUAGACAAUUUAGGCAGGAAGGCAAUGUCUCCUAAGAAAGCAAGUCUGGGAACUGCAGGAUUAAAUGAACUGAACCUGGCUUCUUGACUCAGGUUUUCACAGAGCCAUUAACAUGUCUCUGCAUCGUGAGCUCUCAGGAUGGCUUUGGCUGGGUAGAUGACAAAGGAGAUGCUAUUCACCGAGGUAAUAAAGCUUGGGAAGAAGUGAGUUUAAUUUAAUUUGGGGGAGAUGACAUGUUUGGUGGUAAUAAAUUCUGUUUUGAAUAUCCUGGAGAAGAUAUAAAAACCGGCAGUAAAAAUGUAAGAAAGAAAAAGCUCCCAGCACAUCUCUGUUUCUAUUAUUUUGUUUUUUGAGCUUUUGCUGCGAUUUUAUUCGAAGAGAACAUUCUGCCGGGGGCGCGGAAGCCUUAUGUUACAUGACCUAUUAAAAUUCUCAAGUUAAAUCAAGCACAGGAGUCUUUCUAUAUCUGUCCACCAGAGGGUGGUAUUGUACCAACUCAGGUUAAACUGGUACUUUGGACAAUUUAGAUUAGAAAUAAAAAAUAAACACUAA